AUGUUCCGGCCACUCCUCAUCGCCUCUCUCACAGCCAUAGCAGCCGCCGACUUCACAACCACCAUGGAAUUCAGAGACUGGCUGCUCGGCGAAGACAGUAUCGGUCGCGCGACCGAACACCCCUUUGGCUUCCGCGGCUCACUUGUAAACAUUGACCAAAACAAAACAACCAUACACGCGCAAUUCGACCAGGACAGCGGCGACCUAUCUAGCAAGUACCACGUCGCAAACAACACAAACUCCUUCACGUUCACCUUUGCGCCCGACUACAUCUCCGCGCGAAUGGCAAAACCCGACUGGUGGCAGACGACGUACGAUGUGGACUGUUCCGGACCAGGUAGCAGGGCUACAGAAUACAUCGAUGUAGCAGCAAACACGUGCACGGUUUCGCUAUGGGGCGCAGCGUUUUCAUCAGAGGAAUGCAGGGAUGGGGCGUGGGGAAUAAGGAAAUCGACGCGUUCGAGUUGGUUCUGUGAUGAAAAUGGUGUGCAGAGCGCGACUUGGAGACAAAAGAGUCUGAAGGACUAUACUACACAGCGGAAACAGAUUGUUCUUACGGCAGGGUUGGAAAAGUUGGGUGCGGAAGCUACGGAGGCUACGGUCACGCCUACGGCUACCGCGAGUGCGAGUCCCACUAUUAGUGGGCCAGCGCGAGAGACUGGCGGUGCGCGCGCGGGACGGGCGGCUGAUAUCGCAAUAGUCUGGGUUGUUGCUGCUGUAGCUGUGGGCAUGUCGUAA